AGUUCGGCGCCACCGCUGCACACACUUGCUCUGCUCUCGGGAUCGCCUCCGCCUCCGCCACCCGCCGCCGUCGCCGUCUUCGUCUUCGUCUUCGUCGUCGUCGUCGUCGUCGUUCGCCGUCGCGUUCGUCGCCGGCAGCCGCCACCGAAUCGCUACAUCAUCGAGUAUCGUCGCGCUACGUUCGAGAGUCGUCCCGAGUGCAGCGAAUCGAGAGAGUCGCGCGGCCGACAAGGACGGACGAAACGCGCGGGCUAGGGGGUUGGGGACGCAGAGGGGAGGGAGCAAAACAUAGAUAGAUAGAGAGAGAAAGAGAACGCGGUGUGUUACGUUGACGAGACCCGUGGAGAGUCCUCGAGGAGGAGGGAGGCAAACGGAAGAGAGCGACGGAGACCGUGGAACAACGCACGAUAGAGGGUGGGGGAGGGAGGCGGUCGGUGGGGGGACGGAGACCGAGCUGAGAGGAGAAGAGAGCAAGAGAAAGAAAGAGAGAGAGAGAGAGAAGGAGAACGGGUGGGAGAAAGAGAAAGAGAACGAGGGAGUCCGCGCGCGGGCGCGCGCGCGCGCACGCCUGUCGACCCACCGGUCGAUCGACAACCACGUCGUGUCGUCGACGACGAGCACGACGAAGAGGAACGUGGCGCGCGUGUUCGGGAGUGACGACACGUAGGAAGCGCGUAGCAGUGGCGGCGUAGGAAGAGAGACCGAUCUCGCGGCGGUGCUAAAAGACGGUGGAAUCGAGAGGAAUCGUGACGGAGCAGCGGGCCGAGGGAGGGAAGCGCGACGGGGAAGCGGACGUAUAAGAGGCAGAGACAGAAGCGGCGCGAACGGAAGGAAGGAGAAAGGAAGGAAAGGACGGAAAGGAGAGAAAGGAAGGAAGUGGAAGAGGAAGAAGGAGAGGAAUCGGGUCGAAACCGUGGCAGGGACAUGUGCGCGGCGCUGUGCUCGCAGUCGGUAGGGACGUGAUGGUACGUGGCUCGCGGCGGCGUGCGAGUUAUCAGGAUUGCUCGCGGUCACGGGUUCGUGACAACGGCCGUGGCGAGGAGUGCGACGGCGUGAGCGACGACAACGAGGCUUGCUAUCGCGGGAGAGAGCCUCGGGGCGCCGCACGCCGACGGACGGAGCGCUGUUGCCACCUCUCCUCGGCCGCUGCACCGCGAGAACCGAUACGGCAACCAAGAACACCGUCGUUGCCACGUCCGCUGCUACGUUCCGCUGCCAGCCGGGACGGCAGCUCGCUGGCCACGACACGACCGUAUCUCUCGUUUAGCUGGUAAGCAGCCUGUACACCGCUGGUAAGCCUCUCUAUACCGCCCCCGAAACGUCGGCUAGGUCGCCGCGAAUCUCCGUCAACCGCCUCUCUCUCCUGGCCCUGUCGCCGUCAGCUCGAUCCCAAACGACCAGAUACCGCCGCGACGCACGACGACGAUCCGAUCCUCCUCGCCUGGAAUGCUCGACGCGAACGCUGUUUCAGAACCGAACACCGACAUGGAGGCGACGGAGAGGGAGAAGCCGCUGGUUAAAGAGUUGAACGAACAUAUCGUGUGUCCUCUCUGCAGGGGAUACCUCGUCGACGCAACCACGCUCGUCGAGUGCCUGCAUUCCUUUUGCAGAGGUUGCAUAGUCAGGCGACUGAGCAGCGGUGCCCGAGCGUGUCCUGUCUGCGACGUGGCGACGUCGCCGCCCCUGUUGCCGGACGCGAAGCUGCAGAGGCUGGUGUAUCUGCUGGUACCGGGCCUCUUCCGGUCGGAGCUCGAGCGAAGGCGCCACUUCCGGCUGGUGAACCCGCAGUGUCCACCUUUGGCCCCACCUCUGGGCGCUCUCGAGCUAACCUUGGACGACUUCGUCAGCCUGAGCCUGUGCGAGCUCGAUGAACCGGAAGAGGAGGCGAGCGGCGGCGAUCGGUCACCGGAAAACUGUGCCGGGUCACGACACGAACGGCCGGGCGUCGACCAGACCAAGGAGGAGGAGGAGGAGACAACGGGGGUCAGGAGCACGCGAUACCUGAAGUGCCCGGCUGGAGUGACGGUGCGACACCUGAUCAGACUGCUGAUGCUGAAGAGAGGCUGGGAGGAGGCCAACUCGGCCGGGAUCAACAAGAUAGAGAUGCUGUGCGAGCGGAACGGCGAGCAGCGCACCGAGCUCUCGAAGAUGAUGGCCUUGGACCACUCCUGGACCCUGCUGGACCUGGCCUGCAUUUUCGGAUGGAAGAGAGCGGGGAUUUUCACGUUGCAGGACUCGCCGAUGAAGCUGUUCUACCGGGUGACGCGAAUGGACAGCGGCGCGGCCUCGGUGCCGAGAGUGUGCCCGUACAACGACGAGACGAACAAGGACGUCGCGGCGACCAUGGAGAACAUUCAAAGGCCGCCGACGCCGCCGCCGAGCCCGAAGCCUGUCCAAGAAUGCGAAGUCGAGGCCCGCAGGAUUUUAGAAAGUAGCACCGAGCCGGCACGGUCCCUGGAGACGAAUCUGGAACGGGACAAGGAGCCGAAGGCAAAGAAACCCCGUUGCGAGGUGACGCCGGUGAUGAGGACGCCGGACCUCGUGCCGUUGCAGCCGAACCACGUGCCGGAGAGCUCGAAGAGCAAGGAGCUGGCCAGGCUGGAGCAUCGGAAGCGGAGGAAGCGACGGAACAAGCGGGUGAUCGCGGAGAUCACCACGACGCCCCGCGAGGACCUGUUGAAGUUGAAGGUGCGGCUGACGCCGUGUCCGCCGCGGAUCACGUCGGCGUCGGCGGCCGGCCAGACGAAGGAGAAGCUGCUGCAGAUGAGAGCUGUUAGAAGGGAGAAGAUCAAAGCGACCGCGAUGGGCCAGCAGCGGUCGGCGAGCUCCGCGGUGCGGGAGGAGGGCGCCAAGGAGGGCAUCGGCGAGACGGAGGAGACGAUCGAGGAGAUCAUAGACAGCAUACCGGACGAGGUGGUUAGAAUCGCACAAAAUAUCAGCACGCAGGCUGAAGAGCCGGGAGCGGAGAGGCCGGAGCAGAGGAGCGCGCCGGUCGCCUGCCGGCCGCCUCCGUUGAAGUCGAAGGAGGAAGCGGAGCCGGAGACGACGAAGCCGGCGGAGCAGGCCGAGACGGAGAGGCCGAAGAAGGACGAGGAGAUCCUGCGUCGGUUGGGCCUGGUCGCGGUGAAGGAGGCCAACGACAAGUUCCGCGAGAAGGCGAAGCAGCGCGCCCAGAACAACAGCGAGAAGAUCGACAGCCUGGACCGGGAGAAGCUCGAGAAGCAGCUGCGGGAGAGCAAGGCGAACCGUGUUAGGAGUUUGUUGGCCGAGAAGCAGAUGCGCGACACGCUGAAGAGCAUUAGGUCCAAGACAAAGGAGGAGCAACCGCCCCCGCCGGUACAGGUCAACGCCGUUCCGAAGAAGAAAGGCCCGCCGCCGCUCGCGCCUCUGCGGGUAGCUAAGCCUUCCGGCUUCGCGACGUCCAGCGCCAUUUUGGAGCCGAACAACUCGAAGUACGAGACCCCGCUGGACCUGAGCAGCGGCGGGACGACCGUGCACAACAACGUUCUCGACCUGUCGGCCAACCUGUCGGCCAAUCUUUCAGCCGGCAACUUCUCGACCUCCUCCUGUUCCUCCUCCUCGUCCUCAUCCUCGUCCUCCUCCCCAUCUUCCUCCACGUCCUCGUCCUCGUCCUGCUCGCCCUCGUUGAACCCGAGGCCGCCGAGACCCGGGAUCGCGACGGGUAGCUUGUUGCGCGGAAAGGCGAAGGACCUGGACCAGCGGCGGGGUCAGGAGUCGAAUCUUGUCACCUUGUCCGACGCAGCAGUGUCCCUGUUGAGCGGAUGCAUCGGCGACAAGAGCUCCGUGGACCCUCUGGUGCUUAGCUCCGCCAACAUCGCGAGCAAGGUAGCGCUUCGGAUACCUCAGCCCCAUCAGAGAAUCUCCGGGUUCGGGAUGAAGAUCAAGCCGAACCUCGGCAUCAGGCACAUACCCAACCCGCAGGCGGUGGUCGCCUCGCAGUACAGGAAUCAAAGAGCCAGUUUCUUCAACACCGCCUCGCAGCAGCCUCCGUAAGAGGACCGCGCGACCAAUCCAGAGAAGAGUCGUCGUACAGGACACCUCGAGCCGCCCGGCUUCCCCCGUCUUCGAUCCUGCUCCCCCGUUACUUCCUAUUAUCGUUACACGUGUAAGAACCACUGCUCCUACUGAAAACGAGAUUCCUAUGUGACCAACCCAAAGGCUGUACGUUACCAUAUAUUUUCUUCUUCCCGCUUCCCGCGAAGCCGCGUCGCACACGCGCAACCUAAACAAACCCAAGGCACACCCGGUGUCUAUCUCGACGGUUUUCCUCCGUCGAGGCGCGGCGUGGGCGCGAGGACACACGGUACACCCGGUAGCAUGAACUAGAACGCCGCCCGGCACGGAGAGUGAAAGUGUGUACGAAGAUGUGUACGACGCUGUAUACCGGCUAACGAGCCUUAUUUAACCCUUUAACGUGGCCGAGCACGCCGGGAAGACGCGCGCGCGGCCGCCCGGCUUUUAUAGCGAGACCGGCGCGACGCGCGAUGCGCGAAACCUUUCGAUUUUUACGCGCGAGUAGAAAGUUUACACCUCGGCGAGUGGAGGAGUCCUAGAAUCAGCAGGGUCUCGCGUUCGAAGCGAGAUCGGCCGGCUCUCGUUCCCGGAACACGGCCGAGAACGCGGCGGGUCUCCCUCGAAUAUGGAAUAUGGCUGCCCUGUGUCCUCGCACCCUCCCCCGGAGGAACAGACGAUGGCGGUGUUCGAUCCGUUGUUACCUAGAUAUGUUAAGUUAGGUAUGUUUGUAAUGCAUGUAUGUGUGCCCGCGAUCCACCAUUAAUUCCCCGGUGGACGCGAGCGAAUUUCUUGAGAAACAAACGGGUCGAGCUAUUCGACGAACGGCUCUACGAUUGACCGACGGAGAUAAAUUAGGCGUAUACACUUAAACGAACGGUGUUAGGGUUCCGUAGAGAGGGGUACAUCGGGCGAAUGGUUAGGGGAACGACGGUGGACGGGCAAGACGGAUGCCUCUUGCCCCGUUCCAUCCAGCGUGUUGGUCGUUCCUUAGGGAUCUAGAGAGAAAUAUGUACUUCAUAGAGAUGCCAAAGAACUUCGGAGAACGUGUGCAAUGUAUUAGUGCAAUUUAAUGAUCGUCUAUUACAAUAUACAUAUAAAAAUCUAUAUAUAUAUAUUAUAAAUAUAUAUAUUAUAUAUAUAUAUAUAUGGCGGAUUUAUCGCAGCGAUAAGCCCGUCCCGGUCGAUUUGUGGUAAAUAAAAAAAAAAAAGGUAGAUGCUAGUCGUGACAGCGAAGCGUAUUUGCGAAUUGGAUGAACGCGAUUUCGAGCAGCCCCCUAGGUGAUUGUACGAGAUGUCGAUUGGAUGCCGAAGCGAGCGUACCGCGAACCCAUCUUUUCUAAUUGGUGAUCGAGUAAUCACACGGGGAGAGCCUCGCGAGCAGAGACUUCGUGCCGGUAUUAUUCGAGGAAAGCUGUACCGUGACCGAUAUAUGUAUGUAACACCGGAACAUCGGUUACCUUUAUUUAUAAUGCCGUAAUCGAUGUACCAUCGAUGCAUCGACACCUUUAUAAUACCGAAAUCGAUGUACUACCGAGAACCGAAAUAAAUACUUGUAUUAUUUCGGGUAUUCCGUUUGGGUAUUAAACAUUCAAGUGACCAGAGUUCAAAGGCUCUUGUUGUGUAACCAGGCUUUUAUAAAAACGUAUUGUAAGGCCGGCGAAUGUAAUAACGACAAUAUAAUAAUACCGGCUAUCGGCCACCGCUUAAACGGAAUCGUGAAAGUUACAAUGAAAUCUGGAAACCGGAAAUAACGCAGGUAAAUAUAGCUAAAUAUAGGUAAAUAUAUAGGUAAAUACACCUACACCCCUGAAUUUCGGAUUUCGAUAAGCGUGUUACAACCGAGAAUUACCGGUAUUUUCCAUUUUGUGGUAUGAAUCCCUGCUCGGCGAGGGCUCGAAACCCGUCACAAUCUCGCGGCGACGUGUCGCGAACGCGAAAGUUUUUAUUUGAUAGAAUUAACGAACUCAUAUCGCUGUUAUCGGUUUUCUGAAUAAUAUAUAUUGUGGUCGAACACGGCACGGCGAAACGUCGCCGGAUCCGGCGACGGUUUGGCCAGGCGAUUUUUAAACGCGGAACAGCAAUAAAGAUCAAACUUGACUUUGAAA